GCAGAGUCUCCUCAGUCCGUCUCAAAUUUAUUGGGAAUAGAUGCAGGGAAUUAAUACAGAAUAUAUUUAGUUUGUUUCCCUUUAUAAAUAAUAACCCACUACCCUUGUUGUCAAUGCAUACAACAACAUCCCUGCUUAGGAGAGGAUUUGGAUUUUGUAAUAGAAGUUAGCUUCUGCAAUUCAAUCCAUGAAAUCCUUAUUUGUUGUUUCUUAAGCUGUGUUAGUGUCUUGUUUAGCUCUGUAUCUGUGCAUUGCCCAAAUCGAACAAUUUAAUCUACCUGACCUGCAUAAGCAAGCCGAAGAAAAAAGUUUGAAGCAUGGAUUCUUCUUCACAAUCUCAGUCUCCAUUGUGGCUGAUGGCCGUGCCUGUUGUUAUAAACAACCAGCCUAACUUGUCAAUGGGGCCUGAUAAUGCAGUUUGUAGUAUAUGGGUGCUUUUAUCGACAGCCAUGAUAAUUGUAGCCUUAGGCUUUGUAGUAACAUGGCUGUACCCUGGUGGUUCUGCUUGGGCAGUAAGCCUGUUUAGGAGCCAGAGGAAGCCUAUUCCCGGUCCUAGAGGAAUGCCCAUAUUGGGUAAUCUUCUUGUUAUGGGAGGGCUUGCACAUAGGUCUUUGGCUAGUUUAGCCCAGCGCUAUAAGGCCAAGAGGCUCAUGGCUUUCAGCCUUGGGUUCACUAGAGUGGUCAUAUGUAGCCAGCCUGAAUUGGCAAAGGAAAUACUCAACAGUUCAGAUUUUGCUGACAGACCCAUAAAGGAAUCUGCUUACCAGCUAAUGUUUGAUAGAGCCAUUGGGUUUGCUCCUUACAGUGAUUAUUGGAGAAACCUUAGGAAGAUUGCAGCUACACACUUGUUUAUUCGUAGAAGAAUCUCGGCCUUUGAGUCUCACAGACAUGCCCUCACUAACACCAUGCUGCAAUCCAUUGAGUCAUCAGCUGACCUCAAUUCUGUUAGGAUAAGGGAGAUUCUGCAAAGGAGUUCUCUGAAUAAUAUCAUGGGGUCUGUUUUUGGGAGGUGUUAUGGGUUUGAGUGUGGGGACUCUGAAGCUGAGGAACUGGCCUCUAUGGUUAAUGAAGGAUAUGCACUGUUGGGUACCUUUAAUUGGGGUGACCACCUUCCUAUCUUGGGGUUUCUGGACUUGCAGAGGAUUAGGAGGAGGUGUUCUGAUUUAGUACCUAGAGUGUAUGCAUUUGUGCAGAAUAUCAUAGAAGAGCAUAGGGCUAAUCCUUCUGGUGGGGAUGAUAGAGCUGAUUUGGACUUUGUUGAUGUGCUGCUGUCCCUCGAGGGGAAUGAGAAGCUCACUGAUACUGAUAUGGUGGCUGUACUUUGGGAGAUGAUCUUCAGGGGAACUGAUACAGUGGCCAUUCUGAUGGAGUGGAUUAUAGCAAGGCUAAUCCUCCAUCCCAAUGUACAAGCGAAGGUCCACGAGGAAUUAGACUCUGUGGUUGGGAAUUCCAGGCAAGUAGCAGAAUCUGACAUUCCCAGGUUGUCAUACUUGCAAGCAGUUGUUAAGGAAGUUCUGAGGAUUCACCCACCUGGUCCAUUGCUCUCCUGGGCAAGGCUUGCAAUCCAUGAUGUACAUGUUGGUGGCCACCACAUCCCUGCAGGAACCACUGCAAUGGUGAAUAUGUGGUCUAUUACCCAUGAUGAAGACAUAUGGACAGAUCCUCUGAGCUUCAAUCCAGAUAGGUUCAUGCCAACAGCGGGAGGGGAGGAAGUAAAUAUCAUGGGAAGUGAUUUAAGGUUAGCACCCUUUGGAUCAGGUAGGAGGGUGUGCCCUGGAAAAGCCUUGGGCUUACAAACUGUACACACAUGGUUGGCUAGAAUGCUACACCAUUUCCAAUGGUUACCUUCAGAAGAUCACCCAGUUGACCUCUCAGAGAUACUGAGGCUGUCAUGUGAGAUGAGAGCUCCAUUGUAUGCCAAACCUAUUAGGAGGAACACUGUGUCCUUCCAAUAAGAAAAAGUUCAUCAAGGUGAACUUGCAUUAGGAGCACUGUUCCCGUUGAAUAGAACAAAAAAAGGGUCGAAGGCGAGAUGUAUAUCCAUAUCCAAGUUCUAUGCAUUUGUAAAUGAAUUUUACAUUAAGAGGAA